AUGAGGCAAUUUUGGACUGAAGGAUCACUGGAGAAGAACAACGCUCUGGUUGAAUACCUGAAACAGUAUGGUGUUGUUCGAACAGAUAAAGUGGCAGAAGUUAUGGAAACUAUCGAUCGAGCCCUAUUUGUACCAGAGGGCUUUACCCCUUACAUUGACAGUCCUAUGCCUAUUGGUUACAAUGCAACGAUAUCUGCUCCUCACAUGCAUGCAACCUGCUUAGAACUUUUGAAGGAUCAUUUACAGCCAGGCAUGCAUGCUCUAGAUGUUGGAUCAGGCAGUGGCUACUUGACAGCUUGUUUUGCAAUGAUGGUCGGACCAGAAGGUCGCGCAGUGGGGAUUGAACACAUUCCUGAGCUUGUUGCUGCUUCAACUGAAAAUGUUGAACGGAGUGCUGCAGCAGCACUACUGAAGGAUGGUUCACUUUCUCUUCAUGUUUCAGAUGGAAGGCUCGGCUGGCCGGAUGUGGCGCCAUACGAUGCUAUUCAUGUGGGCGCAGCGGCACCCGAGAUCCCUAGGCCGCUGCUAGAACAGCUGAAGCCUGGCGGGCGGAUGGUCAUACCCGUCGGCACAUACUCUCAGGACCUGCAGGUGAUCGACAAGAGCUCCGACGGAUCCAUCAGCACCCGCAACGAUGCCUCUGUUCGCUACGUCCCUCUCACCAGCCGCUCUGCUCAGCUGCAGGACAGCUGA